UGAAGAGGCUACUUUUGCUGUGUAAUGGCGUACUGCUGGCAACACUGUCUCUACGGCAGCUCUGCUCAGCUGAGCUGAGAAGGACGACGGAGGCCACCAAACUACAGCCGGUUGAAGACUUCAAUAACAAUGCUCUCCCGGCUCGCUCAGAGAUCUUUGCAGGAGGCAAAGCCUGUGAUAGUUGCGGUCAGGCCAACAAGUACAACUGCCGUGAAUAAGAGCGCAGAACGCGAUGAGGUCAACUUUCCCCGACGUGUUCGACCCAUUGAGCCAGGCAAAGUCCGCCUGGGGUUUGUUCCUGAAGAAUGGUUCAAGUUCUUCUAUCCCAAGACUGGCGUCACUGGUCCAUACAUGUUUGGAGUGGGAUUAGGUACAUUCCUGCUUUCCAAGGAGAUCUACAUCAUGGAGCAUGAGUUCUACACCGGUUUGUCUAUCUUGCUGAUGACAGUAUAUGCUGUCAAGAAGUUUGGCCCAGGCCUUGCUGCAUAUUUGGACAAGGAAAUUGAGGAAGUAGAAGGUAGCUGGGUAAAUUACAGGACAAACAGCAUAAAGAACAUUAAAGACACCAUUGAAGCAGAAAAGAAAGCCCAGUGGGAGGCAGAAGGACAGACUGUGCUCUUUGAUGCCAAGCGCGAGAACGUGGCCCUUCAGUUGGAGGCUGCUUACAGAGAAAGACUGGCCACUGUCCAUGCUGAGGUAAAGAAAAGGUUGGACUACCAGCUGGAGACCGCCAAUGUCAAAACGCGCAUUGAACAGAAGCACAUGGUGGACUGGAUUGUCAGCAGCGUGAAAUCUUCCAUCACCCCAGCUCAGGAAGCUGCAGCCCUCAAGCAGUGCUUCUCUGACCUCAAGGCUUUGGCACCCAAGGCUGCAUAGAGGAAGGACCUUGUUGUAAUAAUGUUAAGCUGAGAGUUGAAGAUUAUUUUUAUUCAGUUAAUAUUUCCCCGUAGGUGACUCAGAUCUAGAGGUUUCAGGGAUAAAUUUUUGCUAUCCCUCGUAUAAAAGAACUUAUGACCGGUGUCAUUCCGUACCUAUUAUCGUAAGAGUUUCUGGUUGGGAAAUAUUGGUUUUGUAAUGUGAAGUGGCUGUGUAGAGGUCAUAUGUAAAUAAAAGAUUUUCCAACUGAA